AUGGCGCAGGCCGACUCCUCCAUGCUGUCACGCGAGUGUUACACAGUUGGAUGGGUUUGCGCAUUGCCUCUUGAACUGGCGGCCAGUAAGAUGAUGCUCGACCAAAUUCAUCAUCACUUGCCAAUUGACGGUGGCACCAACUUUUACAUACUGGGGAGCAUAUUGCAUCACAAUGUCGUUAUGGCCUGCCUUCCAAUCAAAAAAAUGGGGACAAUUGAAGCGGCAGUUGCUGCGGCGAACAUGAACAGAUCGUUCCCAUCUAUCCGUAUGUGCUUGGUGGUAGGAAUCGGCGGCGGAGUGCCGAGCAAAGCCGACGUGCGGUUGGGCGAUGUUGUUGUCGGAGUCAGGACAAUGCAGUACGAUGAAGUGAAAACGACAGCAGGAGGACAGGAGCCCAGAACUCCACAACGUACCCUUGGAGCUAUCUUAUCGACUGUCUCGGCGCUGUACGAACUUGAACCCAAUGACAGUCGAUUCUCGUCUAUACUGCAAGAGAAAUUGGCAAACAAAAAAAACAGCCAGUUCCGUCCUCCGAAUUUGGAAGAUCGUCUCUUUCGGGCAGAUUAUGAACAUAUAAGUUCAGAGGCUAGUUGUGAUAGAUGUGACUCUGCGAGACUCGUGAUAAGAGGACAUCGAAAGACAAACAUGGUAAUCCAUUAUGGAGGGAUCGCUUCCGGGAACCAGGCCAUGAAACACGGUAGAAAGAGGGAUGAAAUCGCAAAAGAUCUAGACGUCAUAUGUUUUGACAUGGAAGCCGCUGGUGUAAUGGACGUUAUGGAUUGCCUCGUAAUUCGAGGAAUCUGCGACUACUCUGAUUCACAUAGAACCAAGGAAUGGCAGAACCAUGCCGCUGCCGCUGCCGCCGCCUAUGCAAAAGGAUUUCUGGAGAUGGUACCAAAGACUGAAUUCCAGUCCAAGGCUACAAAUAUUUCUCGUCCUCCUCAACAUAUACCUCGCGAGCGCCAACAAGUAGAACUGGCAUCUCUCAGGUUCAAACGAAUGUCUUUUCGCGAACAUACAAUCAAAGAAAAUCAUGCCCAGACCUGUCAAUGGUUUUUGAACGACCCCAUCUAUCAGGAAUGGCUUGACGCGGCAUUGUUGUCGAAACACCCAGGCUUGAUAUGGGUUCGUGGUGAGCCAGGUGCUGGCAAAUCAACGUUAAUCAAGUUCGCGUGGUUGCAGACACAAAGGAAAUAUCAGCAGGCUUGUCGUGACCGAAAGGUGAUAGUUGCUUCCUUCUUCUUCAACGCCAGAGGCGAGACACUGGAAAAGUCAGUCUUGGGAAUGUAUCGGUCGCUGCUUGUCCAACUCCUGGAGCAUUUUGACGACCUGCACAUAGGACUUGGCAGUCGAGAACUUGAAGGGGUCCUGAGUCUGGACAGCUACCCUUUAGGGAUUCUGAAGGAUCUUUUCCGGGACGCAGUGUCAAAGCUGGGAAACCGCGCCUUCAUCGGCUUCAUCGAUGCUCUGGAUGAGUGCCAUGAAUUGCAAUUCAUGGAUAUGGUUCGGUACUUCGAGGAACUAGCGGAGCAUGCAACACAGAAAGGUAUUCCGCUUCGAAUUUGUUUCUCCAGCCGCAACUAUCCUUAUAUCAACAUACGGGGGGGUCUAGAGCUGAGACUUGAGCAUCAAUCCGGUCAUGCCCAAGACAUAGCGAACUAUGUUCGAAGCGAAUUGCAGAUUGAAGACACUGACUUACGCGAAGAAUUGGUUUCUCAAAUUCUCGAUAAAUCUGCAGUACUGUCUAUUCUGUGGAUUCUUCUGGCUCAACGACCACUAGAACUGGAAGAAUUCUAUCACGGCUGCUGGCAUUUCAAGGACCCAAUGUUCGCAAAAGAAUAUACCAGUAACCGGGCAGAGAAAUAUGUGCUCAGUUCCACAAAGGGUCUCGCUCAGGUUGUGCAAUCCACGCCACCAACUGUGCAGUUCAUACACGAAUCACACGCCAUCGAUUCCUCAAUCUUUCCUGCUUUGCUUGAUGAUUAUGACCUUCAAGACACGCUUCCAUUAAUGCGUUAUGCAACUCAGCAUGUCCUCUACCAUGCUGAAAACGCCGCGGAGUCCAUCCGGCAGGAUGAAUUUCUAGAAGAAUUUCCCACUGCUGAAUGGGGAUUCCCAAAUCUCAUCCGCACGAGGGUUCGAAAGCAUCCGAAUAUCCAUAUACGCGGCGAAAGACACGACUACCCGCUGUUUGCCGCUUUGGCUAACGGUAACAAAGAUGCCGUGGCUGCUCUGUUCAAUUUACCUUCGACCAUCUACGAUGGAGUCGACAUCACAAAGGGCCUGAACUCUAUAAAAGAUAUGGGACUUUACUUCACUUGCACACCGCUCUCAUGGGCCGCCGAGGAGGGUAGAGCUGGUCUCGUUAAGCUGCUUCUCCUCGCACAAGCAGAUGUCAAUGAACGUGACCAGGAGGGACUAACACCGCUUUUAAGAGCAGAAUCCAAUUGCCAUUGGGCAGUGGUGUCGAUUCUUAUCAAAGCCGGCGCCGAUUUGAACGAAUUCAGUUACGGCAACAAGAUUCAGGAGACAGAUGUACACCCACUCAUGUAUGCCGCAGCUGAAAAUGAUGAGGUAUUUGCAGGGCUUCUCAUCGAGAAUGGCGCAUACGUCGGUGAAAUCUUUGAGGAUGAAGAUUUCAUAGAUCAAACAGCACUGACAAUUGCCUCGAAACAUGGCCAUGAGGAAGUGGCAAGCCUUCUCAUUGAGAACGGCGCGAUAGUGAACGACGCGAUGGAUGAUGGAUUGACCGGUGGACCCAAUCCACUCGUAGUAGCCGCCGAGAAUGGCCAUAUCCAUAUGGUUAGGCUUCUUAUUGAAAGCGGAAUAGAUCUAGAUUGUGGGGGUCCUGCGCUUCUGAGAGCAGUGCAGAAGGGCCAUGAUGCAAUAGCCAGCCUAUUGAUCAGCGAGGGGGCAGAUAUAAAUUUUUGGAGCCUGAUUAUCGAGCCUUGCGGGUCCUCGCCACUUGUGGUAGCCUCCGAGAAUGGCCAUGAGUCCCUGGUUAGGCUGUUGCUGAGCAAGGGAGCGCGCAUAGAUCCUCCAUGCUACUACUGCAGGUCGGCGCUUAUUAGUGCUCUGUCGAACGGCCAAGAGAGAAUAGUCGAGCUACUCGUCGAUAAAGGGGCGGAUGUGAAUGCGGAAGCCGACAAAUCCACGCCACUGAUAGCGGCCUCCAAGGCUGGUCAUGAGGCAACGGCCCGGCUACUCAUCGAUAACGGGGCGGAUGUGAAUACGGUUACUAACCGUAGCUCACCACUGAUAGCGGCCUCCAAGGCUGGUCACGAGGCAAUAGCCCGGCUACUCAUCGAUAACGGGGCGGAUGUGAAUACGGUUACUAACCGUAGCACGCCACUUGCAGCGGCCUCCGAGGCUGGUCAUGAGGCAAUAGUCCAGCUACUCAUUAAUAAUGGAGCGGACGUAAAUCAUGUCGGCAUGUCGGACUAUGAUUCAAGGACGCCGCUGGACAUUGCCUCGAGCAAUGGUCAUGAGGCUGUGGUACGACUACUUUUGGAACACGGCGCAGAAGCCAGGUCCUGGCGAACAUUGGAACUGCCGUUGCGGUGA